GACCCUUGGGUUAUCAGGACAUAAAUAUUGACCUUUGAACUCCCUGACAGGAAAACAAGUGAAAGGUCACAUUGUUCUUCUCGCUGGUAGUGCAGCUGGAAAACUCGAUUUCUGCAACAUUUUGGUGAAUUUAAGCACUGCCAUGGAUGUCGCACCCUCGGAAGAAGUAAUGACACAGCAGGCCUCACCGAACCCAACUGCCCAGCAAACUGAAACGGUUACAGACAAAAAUGAGUCAAACACAGGUAUUGUCAAGGAAGCAAAGAUGCAAAAUAGCAGCACGGACAUUGAGCUUAUAAGUGAAGUAGUCCCAGUCACAGUAAAGACUAAGUCGUGUGAAGAAGAAAACGAUGUGCAAACCAUACAGGAGGAAAAGUCUGGAGAUGAUCAUAUUUCAGGGGAUAAGGAAAAGGUCAAAGAAUCAGAGGAAAAGGUCAAAGAAUCAGAGGAAAAUGCUGACAAAACCAGUAACAAAGAUGCAGUGCGAGAUGUUGGCGGGUUGGAAACAACUGAUGUCAGACAGUCGAUGUCUGAAACCAUUGAUGAUGAAAACGAAAGAGGGGGAGAUGAUGUAGAAGAUAUGGUAUGCGAGUCUGAAAAUGAUGAUAUUGGAAAAAGUUUGGAAGAAGGUAGCGAAGAAACAAUGUCUGAGCCGUGCAAAGAGACAAGCACGGGUAAACAACAAUUUUCUUGCAGCCAGUGCUCCAAACAAUUCAAAAUAAGGAAGAGGUUUGAAACUCACAUGAAAAAAGUCCACAAGCACAAAUUCUUACAUUGUCAGAUCUGCAAGAAAGGCUACGAGAGUCAAGAUAUCUUGGAUGAGCAUCUGAUGAAAUCGCACACAAUCAAAAAGACAAAAGGAAGACCACGUUUUGUUGGGCCCUUCACAUGUGAAGUCUGCCAAAAAGUGUUUGAGAAAAGGAAGACGUUCACCAACCACAGGCGGACGUGUGGCACCAACAAGGUUUACCACCCCUGCCAGAGUUGCUCCAAGGUAUUUGAGCGCAGCGAUUCUUUGAAGUAUCACACUCAAAAGUACCACUCUGAGAUCCCACCUCAGCACCAGUGUGAAGUAUGCGGCAAACAGUUCUACAAGAAGGACAAGUUACGGCUGCACCAAGCUGUGCACCUACCCAUCGAGCAACAGUCAUCCAUCAAGAAGUUCAAAUGUGACACCUGCAAUAACCGUUAUUGUAGCAGAGCGGAGCUGGAGAUUCACAAACGAACCCACACCGGUGAGAAGCCGUGUCUGUGCGAACACUGUGGAAAAUGCUUCACCAGUAAAAGGGAUGCAAAAAAGCAUAUCCUGAGAAUACACAGCAACUGGAGGGAGACGGCCAAGUUGCAUUUCUGCUCCGUCUGCCACAAGAGCUUCUUGGAGAAGAGCAACAUGCUGAAACAUGUCAACGCUGUACAUGCUGGCAACAGGCCUUUCCCUUGUGACCAGUGUCAAUACAGAGGAAAAAACAAGAGAGACUUGCAACGACACCAGAAUCGCCACAUGGAACAAAAACCCUUCAGUUGCCUCAUCUGCAACAAGAGUUAUAACUCCAGCGAGGCGCUGAACUACCACAAACGGGCGCACCACGGGAUGGACAAGGUCUACAAAUGUACGGACUGCGCCACUGAGUUCCACGUGAGGGAGGCGUACAACCACCACAUGAAGAGCCACAAAAACGCUUUGAAAAUGGAUGCAGUGAUAGAUUUGGUAGUGGAGGGUCCACAAGCAGACCCAGAGGGAGAGGUUAAGAAGGAGGAAAUGCCUGAAGUGAUUGUAGAGGACAAAGAAACAAUGACAGAAGUGGCAGGGACUUCGCAGGAAGUGGCCACAAUCAUUUUUGUGCCUCUAACAUCUUAAUGAUUUGGUCUUGUAAGGUCUUUUUUUUUUCUUAGCCUGGAAAAUGAAUGUGUGGUGUCAAAAUGUCGCUUUGUCAUAUUAUGAUUAGGGUAUUUGGUGUACGUGUAAAACCCGGAGGUUUUGAGUCCAAGUCCUCUGACAGGCCACCAAUGCUGUAUAUACUUUGGGAAAGAGACUUUAUACAACUUUAUCCCUCCACGCAGGUUUAAAAAUGGGUACCUGACGGCUUGUUAUAGAAGUUAACAGUCAGUGGAAGGAGAGAGAUUGACUAUGCCUUGCAAUACCCUGCUCUAGACUCAGUGGAUAGCAACUCACCUUCACCUGCAGUACACCUUCAAAAAGGCUAUUUGACUACAUGUUGGUGUACCUACCUUUCUUAAUGUACCGUUCUUAGGAAACAAAACUGCUGUGUAGUGUGUCAUUCUAGAUAGACUGUAUAGUGUGCUCUUUUUGGCAAUACCUCGGUGGUUAGCCUGCUGAUUAAUAUUUGCCUCGGUUUAAAAAUACUACAAAUUGAAAUUCCGUUUUCAACAAUGUUGAGGGGUAUGCUGAUGUUCUUAGCUGAUUGUAGUCACAGGUGCUAACUUUACCUAAUUUAGUGUGGAUGAAAAGAACACUGAUGUACAAGCUCAUGUGCCUUGCACUUAACAUCCAUCUUGGUUUUUCCAUCCGUGUUUUAAAUGAGGGCAAAUAUACAAGUAGGUAGACAUAAUGUGUAUACGCUUCAUUUGUACGUAUUCUAUUUUUUGUGUUAAGGAUAUUACAGAAUGUGUUUAAUGUAA